GGGGAGCUAUGAACCUUAAGAUUAGACUACCAGUUUGAAUCUAAAUGAGCUGCCCUCUUCUCCUACAAAAGAAAAGUUGGGCAGGUAGGGUAUUGUAAUGAGGGUUUCUCUUUCUCUUAAGCAAAUGAUGAUCAAAGCAACUGACAAACUGUCACGGAAUCUGCCAGACCUCACUCUGGCCUUGCUGCUUCUCUCCAGCUCCUGAACUUUUCUUCCUUUUGUCAUGCUCUGAGCCCAUUCCUUGAAAACUAACAGGUCCCUGACUUCUGGUCUGCAGACAUCCUGGGCCUGCCGAGCUCUGAUUCAAGUGCCUGCCUCUGCCCCUUGGUGGGCUGAAGCUUCAUGGAGGUAUCCUCCAACCCCUCCUCCAACAUCGAUCCAGGCAACUAUGUUGAAAUGAACGAUUCAAUCGCCCACCUACCUUCUAAAGUGGUGAUACAAGAUAUUACUAUGGAGCUACACUGCCCACUGUGCAACGAUUGGUUCCAUGACCCACUGAUGCUAAGCUGUGGCCACAACUUCUGUCAAGCCUGUAUCCAAGACUUUUGGAGGCUGCAAGCAAAGGAAACAUUCUGUCCUGACUGUAAGAUGCUAUGUCAGUAUAGCAACUGUACAUUCAACCUUGUACUGGACAAGUUGGUAGAGAAGAUUAAGAAGUUACCCCUACUCAAGGGCCAUCCACAGUGCCCAGAGCAUGGAGAGAACCUGAAACUGUUCAGUAAACCAGAUGGGAAACUGAUCUGCUUUCAAUGCAAGGAUGCUCGGUUGUCUGUGGGGCAGUCUAAGGAGUUCCUGCAAAUCUCUGAUGCUGUCCAUUUCUUCACGGAGGAGCUUGCCAUCCAACAGGGUCAACUGGAGACAACUCUGAAGGAGCUUCAGUCCCUGAGGAACAUGCAGAAGGAAGCUAUUGCUGCUCACAAGGAAAACAAGCUACAUCUGCAGCAACAUGUGUCCAUGGAGUUUCUAAAGCUGCAUCAGUUCCUGCACAGCAAAGAAAAGGACAUUUUAACUGAGCUCCGGGAAGAGGAGAAAGCCUUGAAUGAGGAGAUGGAGCUGAAUCUGAGCCAGCUUCAGGAGCAAUGUCUCUUAGCCAAGGAUAUGUUGGUGAGCAUUCAGGCAAAGACGGAACAACAGAACUCCUUCGACUUUCUCAAAGACAUCACAACUCUCUUAGAUAGCUUGGAGCAAGGAAUGAGGGUGCUGGCAACCAGAGAGCUUAUUUCCAGAAAGCUGAACCCUGGCCAGUACAAAGGUCCUAUCCAGUACAUGGUAUGGAGGGAAAUGCAGGACACUCUCUGUCCAGGCCUAUCUCCACUAACUCUGGACCCUAAAACAGCUCACCCAAAUCUGGUGCUCUCCAAAAACCAAACCAGCGUCUGGCAUGGUGACAUUAAGAAGGUAAUGCCUGAUGAUCCAGAGAGGUUUGACUCAAGUGUGGCUGUGCUGGGCUCAAGAGGCUUCACCUCUGGAAAGUGGUACUGGGAAGUAGAAGUAGCAAAGAAGACAAAAUGGACAGUUGGAGUCGUCAGAGAAUCCAUCAUUCGGAAAGGCAGCUGUCCUCUAACUCCUGAGCAAGGAUUCUGGCUUUUAAGACUAAGGAACCAAACUGAUCUAAAGGCUCUGGAUUUGCCUUCUUGCAGUCUGACACUGACUAACAACCUCGACAAAGUGGGCAUAUACCUGGAUUAUGAAGGAGGGCAGGUGUCCUUCUACAAUGCUAAAACCAUGACUCACAUUUAUACCUUCAGUAACACUUUCAUAGAGAAACUUUAUCCCUACUUCUGCCCCUGCCUUAAUGAUGGUGGAGAGAAUAAAGAACCAUUGCACAUCUUACAUCCACAGUAAUGAGUCAUACUAUUAUACAAAUUCAGAGUGUUAUUAAAGAGGUAUUGAAAUAUUUUA